ACUUGCGAUUGUACUAAUUUGUGCCGAUCACAUGACUGUGGCAACCUGACCUGGUCUUGACUGUUGUUUUCUUUUCUCUUACUUGGGUUUGCCUCUUGGUUCCGUUUGAAAACCUUUCCUCAAAGUUUUCCUCGAAUCUUUUGGCAGAUAUAAUCCGGCCAUAAAGGCUCUUCAAAGCACCCCGUGUCAACUAUAACAAAGAAUCAUUUGAGACAACAUGGCUGAUGAAAAUGGUUUGCAAGGAGAUAGAAAGUUUGAGCAGGCUGCUGCAACAACGAGCCAUCCAGAAAAGAAUGAUAACCAACAAGAAUCAGAAAAGAGCGAGGAGAAAAAGGAAAGCACUAAUGUAGUGCCAUAUUACAAGCUUUUCUCCUUUGCUGACCCCACAGAUUAUCUAUUAAUGUUUGUCGGCACCAUUGCUGCAAUUGGAAAUGGAACCUGCAUGCCCACCAUGACGAUAAUAUUUGGGCAACUAGUAAAUGCAUUUGGAAGUACUAGUACGAACAUUGAAGAAGUGACUCAUGAAGUUUCCCAGGUAGCUCUGAAGUUUGUUUACUUGGGACUUGGUGCCAUGGUUGCAGCAUUCCUUCAGGUAUCUUGUUGGAUGGUCACCGGGGAGAGACAGGCCACGCGAAUAAGAAAUUUGUACUUGGGAGCCAUUCUCAGGCAAGAAAUCGGCUUCUUCGAUAACGAAACCAAUACAGGAGAAAUUAUUGGGAGGAUGUCGGGUGACACUAUUCUAAUUCAAGAUGCCAUGGGUGAGAAGGUGGGAAAGUUCUUGCAGCUAUUUACAACAUUCACCGCAGGUUUUGUCGUAGCCUUUAUUAAGGGAUGGAAACUUACUCUUGUCAUGGCAUCUUCCAUUCCCCUUCUCGUCCUAUCUGGGGCCGUCAUGGCCAUUACUGUGUCAAAGACGGCAUCCCGUGGGCAAACUGCUUAUGCACGUGCAGCAAAUAUCGUGGACCAGUCAAUUGGUUCCAUCAGAACGGUUGUAUCAUUUACAGGGGAGAAGCAAGCUGUGGUUCAAUACAACAAGUCUUUGACCGAAGCUGUCAAAACUGGAGUGCAAGAGGGCUUGGCUAUAGGAUUUGGUUUUGGUGUGGUUGCACUUAUUGUAUUCUCCACUUACGCUUUGGCUGUAUGGUUUGGUGCUAAAAUGAUUCUGAAUGACGGAUAUAAUGGAGGAGAUGUUAUAAAUGUAAAUUUUGCAGUGUUGACUGGCUCCAUGUCUCUAGGACAGUCAUCUUCUUGUAUAAGUGCAUUUUCUGCUGGGCGAACUGCAGCGUUUAAGUUGUUCGAGGUAAUUGAUAGAAAGUCACAAAUAGAUUCUUACAACAGCAACGGACGGACACUAGAUGAUAUUCAGGGAGAUAUAGAACUGAAGGAUAUUCAUUUCAGUUAUCCAGCAAGACCUGAUGAGAAAAUAUUCAAUGGCUUCUCUCUCGCAAUACCUCCUGGUACAACUGCAGCUUUGGUUGGAAAGAGUGGAAGUGGGAAAUCUACAGUUAUUGGUUUGAUUGAGAGGUUUUACGACCCGCACGCCGGCGAAGUUCUAAUAGAUGGCGUUAACCUCAAAGAGUUCCAGCUCAAAUGGAUUAGACAGAAAAUAGGCCUGGUCAGCCAAGAACCUGUAUUGUUUGCUUGUAGCAUUAAAGAUAAUAUUGCCUAUGGGAAGGAUGGUGCAACUAGUGAAGAAAUCAAAACUGCUGCUGAACUUGCCAAUGCUGCCAAGUUCAUAGAUAAACUUCCUCAGGGACUUGACACGAUGGCUGGGGAGAAUGGCACUCAGCUCUCUGGCGGCCAAAAACAGAGAAUUGCUAUUGCUAGAGCAAUUCUAAAAGAUCCAAGAAUACUCCUUCUAGAUGAAGCCACAAGUGCUCUUGAUACAGAAUCUGAAAGAAUUGUGCAAGAGGCAUUAGACAGGAUUAUGAUCAACCGAACCACAGUUGUUGUAGCUCAUCGCUUGAGUACAGUAAGGAAUGCUGAUGCAAUUGCCGUUCUUCACCAUGGGAAAAUUGUUGAAAAAGGUUCCCACAAUGAGCUGACCAAAGAUCCUGAGGGAGCAUAUUAUCAGCUUAUAAGAUUGCAGGAAAUGAGGACGGCCAAAAAUAAUGAUGUUCUAAAUAAUCCAGAUGGGCCAGAAAGCUUAGCAGAUUCUGAUAGACAUUUAAGUAAACGCUCAUCUUUCCAACGAUCGACAAGUCGAGGCUCAUCCUUUGGACACAGUAGUCGUCACUCAUUCUCAGCUGCAUUUGGUGUGCCCACUGGAAUUGAUCUUCCAGAUAGAGCAACAGCAGAACCCUAUUUUCUUGAUUCAGAGCCAUCCGAACCACUUCCAGAAGUCCCACUUUUUCGCCUAGCCUAUCUUAACAAACCAGAGAUCCCAGUGUUAGUGCUAGCUGCAUUGGCUGCAAUAGUGGCUGGUGCAAUAUUACCUGUUUUCGGAAUACUGGUCUCUUCUAUGAUCAAAACAUUUUUUGAGCCACCAAAUGAACUCAAAAAGCAUUCAGCAUUUUGGGCAAUAAUGUUCGUUGGUGUCGGCGUGUUAUCUUUAUUUAUCCAGUCCGUAAAGCACUAUCUUUUUGCAGUGGCUGGUUGUAAAUUGAUAAAAAGGAUUCGAUCAAUGUGCUUUGAGAAAGUGAUUUAUAUGGAAGUAGGCUGGUUUGAUCAACCUGAACAUUCAAGUGGUGCAAUUGGUGCAAGACUUUCCGCAGAUGCAGCUAUGGUGAAAGGUCUGGUUGGAGACGCACUUGGAAUGCUAGUUCAAAGUCUUGGAACUGCAGUUGUUGCUUUGCUUAUCGCCUUUCAAGCAUCUUGGCAACUGGCUUUCAUCAUGCUUGCCUUGCUACCUCUUCUAGGAAUUAACGGAUUUAUUCAGCAAAAAUUCUUAAAAGGUUUCAGCGCAGAUGCAAAGAAAAUGUACGAGGAAGCAAGUCAAGUUGCAAAUGAUGCAGUACGGAAUAUUAGAACUGUUGCAUCUUUCUGUUCUGAAGCGAAAGUGACCGCACUAUACCAACAGGCUUGUAAAGGUCCCUUGAAGACAGGCAUGAGGCAAGGGUUGGUAAGCGGGAUAGGAUUUGGACUAUCUUUCUUCUUGCUCUACUCAGUCUAUGCUACCUGUUUCUAUGCUGGAUCCCGUCUUGUCAGUGCUGGCAACACAACAUUUUCUGAAGUUUUUCGCGUAUUUUUUGCUCUCACUAUGGCAUCAUAUGGGAUUUCUCAAACAAGUUCCCUCGGUCCUGAUAUCAUGAAAGCAAAGGCUGCUGCAGCUUCUGUAUUUGCAAUUCUAGACCGAAACUCAAAAAUAGACUCUACUGAUGAUUCUGGGACAGCAAUAGAAAAUUUUAAAGGAGAUAUUGAGUUUCAUCAUGUCAGUUUCAAAUACCCCACAAGACCUGAUAUCCAAAUUUUCAGAGAUCUAUGCUUAAAAAUUCGUUCUGGCAAGACAGUUGCUCUAGUUGGAGAAAGUGGCAGUGGGAAAUCAACAGUGAUCUCAUUGUUGCAGAGAUUUUAUGAUCCUGAUUCAGGUUACAUAACGUUGGACGGAGUUGAAAUCCAAGAGCUACAAAUCAAGUGGUUAAGACAGCGAAUGGGCCUAGUCAGCCAGGAGCCUUUGUUAUUUAACGACACUAUCCGAGCCAACAUUGCAUAUGGAAAGGAAGGAAUCGCAACGGAGGCAGAGAUUUUAGCUGCGUCAGAAUUGGCAAAUGCCAACAAGUUCAUCAGUAGCUUACAAAAGGGUUAUGAUACAGUUGUAGGCGACCGAGGCACCCAAUUAUCAGGUGGACAGAAGCAACGAGUGGCAAUAGCACGUGCGAUCAUAAAGGCUCCGAAAAUAUUACUGCUAGAUGAAGCUACCAGUGCUCUGGAUGCAGAAUCUGAACGAGUAGUUCAAGAUGCAUUGGAAAAAGUUAUGGUGAAUAGAACCACUGUGAUAGUAGCCCAUCGGCUAUCCACGAUCAAGAAUGCUGAUGUUAUAGCAGUGGUUAAGAAUGGUGUGAUUGCAGAGAAGGGAAAGCAUGACACUUUGAUGAAUAUCAAGGAUGGUGUCUACGCUUCCUUGGUAUCAUUGCAUACUAGUGCUUCAUCGUCCUGAAUCAAACAUUGGAGGCCUCUGUAUCAUACAUGCGUGCAUGGUUUGGAAGCAGUACUAUUUUCUGCUGGGUAUGAUGAGAGUAAAGGAUUCGAUCUAUGUAUAAAUAU